CCAUAAGAUAAACAACAUCGGCGGCUGCGGGCCAGUGAUAAGGAAGCGACGUCCCGGCGAGCAAAUCAAAACAUAAUAAACAGCGACCCGCACUCCUCCGCACCGCCAUUUUAUUAUACGUUCACACUCCGCACCGUCAGCACUAGCAGCGCUGUAGCAUUGCAGGCCCUGGACGUUCAGCUGCAGACUUGUAUAGUGUAUACUGUAUACCACGUUCGAGUGUCGUGAGUUCGUGACCACCGUCGUUGUCGCCCGUCAAAAAGUUUUCGCCUGUAUCGCGCGUGCGUGUUGCUCGUUUGUGCGCACACUUGACCGUGUGUUUUUCACUGCUCGGCGCGUGCGUGUGUACGCGUCUUUUUUCGCGUCUCUCUGUGUGUGUGUGUGUGUGUGUGUGGUGUGUACAUCUCUUUGCUGUUUCAUUUGCCUUCGAUUUUCGUCGUUCAGCGUCAGCUUUCGUCGUCGUCGUUGUUGUUGUCGUCAUCGUCAUCGUCGUCGUCACCAACGUCAUCGUCGCCCCUGCCGUCGUCACAGCGACGGUUACUGUCACGUAGCGAAACACGCCCGCGUGAACGAUAGGGGUUCCUAGGGACCGAACACGCGUCGUCGUCGUCGGCACGCCGUCGUGCGGCUGUGCGCGCGCGAACGCAACCGUGGAAACCGAACGUUCCCGGAGAUGUGAUCGUCGGUCCCGUGGCACUGUCGUAGACGCCAACCGCAAGCACCCAGUCCAGUUGACGUUAUCCGUCGCUUCCGCAGCCGCCACCUUCAACAUGGCGUCGUCCAACACGGAUUCACCUGGUACAAUUUAUAGAUGGAUAGAGAGGAAGCCACUAACAGAAGCAGUUUUGUGGACAUCAAAAGAAAAAUUUUGGUUAAUUACAUCUACAUGCCAUUAUGGGACUCAUGAUUGGAAAUCAGUUGCUCAAGUUCUUAGACAUGUGGGAGAACCUUAUAGACCUCGAGAAUGGUAUGCACCAAAAAACUGUGAACAUCAGUUUAAAAUUGUUGUAUCUAAUCUUAGCAAGGAAUUAAAAUCAUUGCCUUUUAUUGAUAUGCUGCGACAUAUUGCUGAAGGUUUAAGAAAGGAUUAUUUACGAGAAGUUAGUAAAUCAAAAGAAACCUUAAAAUUAAAGUACUGUAAUUUAUACAGUAUUUUGAAUCGUGUGAAACAAGGAAAUUUGUCAAGAAAUGAAAUUGUCAGCCUUUAUUCACAAGCAAGAAGAAAUGAAGUCGAAGGUAAACAAUAUUUGGAUCAACUUAUGACUAAGCAAAAUGCUAGUUUAGCUUCAGAAAAUUCUAGUUCUGGGUUAAUAGAAGAGCCUAUUAAAUGGAAUACACCAUCUGCACCAUUAUUAACAAGUCUUCUAAGAUCUCGUAAUACUAUACCAGCCAAUAGAACUGCCACAACUAUUACUUCUUUAUUACAAUCUCCUGGUGGCACAUCAAGAACUAGAUCUGGAAAAUUAUUACCAUUAACUCCUAGCAUUAGAACUACACAAGGUACUCCUACACUUUCUAAACUGCUUGAAGCUCCAGCAAAUCCUUAUAUACCAAAUCCACCACAAACAGCACAGAAGAAUAAGCUAAGUGAAGUUGUAACAGAAAAGCUUGCGAAUACUUCUAAAAAAGAAAACUCGCAAUCAACAUCAUUAAAUAAAGUACGAGUAGAUAAUAUGACAACCUUGGGAUCUUUUAAUCAAAUCAAUAAAUCUGAUUUAUCAGCUUCGAAGAAACUGAUAACAAAGAGUCCUGUUGCAACAGUUAAAAAUGGAUCGAAAUCAAAUUUAAGUGUUGUUAAUUUAUUAAGUGAUAGCGAAAACGAUGAUGAUAAAAACACCAGUCUUAAAAGUCCGUUUGGAGAAAAGAAGGAUACAAGUAGUAGAGUUGAACCUAGGGCAACAAGAAGUCAAACUAGAGCUGAAGGGGGUUUCAAACAGUUCAAUGAUACUAAACUGCCUGAUGGUAAAAAAGAACGUGAAAGUUUGCGACAACAAAGUGGAGGAUCUCAAACUAAUGAAACACAUUCAAUUAAUGAUGAUGUAACUGAUAUUGACCAAAUUGAAGUUGAACCAUUAUCAUCCGUUCAAGAUGAAAUACAAACUCAAACUCCCUCUAAAAUGACACGAUCUUCUUCGCAAAAACUUCGUUUAUUAAAUCCGGGAGAUAAUUUAUUAACAAAUAAUAAAGUUAAUAACAAAGAAAUUAACAAUAAAAUGGUGGAAGAUAUAUCAGCUAAUUUUAUUUUGAAUAAUUCCUCUUCAAAAACUUUAGCUACACAGUAUCAAUGCUUGUUGGGCGAGCCUAAGGGUAACAGUUCUAAUGUUUCAGAAAGCCUGCUUCCUGUUGAUAGAACUGCAGUUAAAGAUGCUAUUUUGAUUCGCAAAGAUAGCCAAUCUUUGCAAAAUACAUCGAAUACAUCUUCUGAUGAAAAACUAUUAAAACAAAAAGAAGUAUUUGAACUAAAAUCAUCAAAUAUUAAAAGUAUUGAUGACAUCAAUAAUUCACAAAUGUUGUCAACUAACAACCAGCCUAUGUUAGUAGUUAACAAAAUCAAGAAACCAUUUAAUAUUAAACCUACUUCAGAGCAGAAAGUUGAUGAUAUUCAAGUCAUCAAAACAAAUGUGAAAAAGUCCAUGAGAUACAAUAAUAGUUCCCAAAAUGUGGUUAAAUUAUCUGAAAAUAAAUAUACAGUUACUGCUACUGCUGCUGCUGCUGCUGCUGAUGAUGAUGAUGAUAUUGUUAUUGUUGAAGAUGAGAUCAACAUUAAUGACAAUAAUAAAACAACAAUGAAAACUAAGGGGUUAUCAAGUAGUACUGAAUCACAAAACUCAUCUUCAAUAGUUAUUAGUCCUAACAUUUCAAGUGAUUACAAAUCAAACUUGCCUCAAUUAAAUGAAAAAAAAAUUAAAAAUGACAAAACUUCAUGGAAUGUGUUUGGAAAACCCCAAAAUAUUUUGGAUUCUACUAAAAAGUGUCAAGAUAGUAGUGUAUCUAAAAGUAAAAUUAAUAGUAACAUUAGUGAGACUAACAACCGAUUUAUUAAAGAACUAGAUUUUGAUUUUGAUCAAUCGAUUUCUCAAACAUCUUUGGCUGAAUUAUAUAAUGGUGUUGAAGAAAUUGUUGAAAUGCAUUCUUUUGAUAAUGAAGAAUUGAGUUCUUUAAUUGAAUGUGGUCCGUUAAAUAGUAAUGAAACUGAGGAAUGUAGAAAUAUAGUUAGUGUUGACCAAGGUGAUUCCUCUGUGAGUGAAAGUGAUUCAACUAUUGGAGCUUUUGAUACUUUUGCUCAGAUCACAAGAGUACAACAAAAGUCAUCUACUUCUAAAUAUAUUAAUUUAGAUACCAGAGAAUCAAAAAAAACAAACCAGGAAAUAAAACAUUUAAAAGAAAAUGUUUGUCAAUCUGUUAAAAUAGAUGAUAAUCAGAGCACUGCAGUAUCAGUCACUGGAAUACCUAUCUUACAGGGUGUAAUAUCAGAUGUUAUGAAUCAAAUUGAUUUAGAUGGUGUUCCAUCGCUUACAACAUUAAACUCAAAUAAUUCUUCUUCUAAUGAUGUUGUUGAAAUAAUAAGCAGUGAUGAAGAAGUGACUGUGGAGAAUAUAAAAGCGGGUCCUUCAAAUAUGCAAAAUAAACAAAUCCAAACCCUUGAUAAAGAAAAAGAAGGAAAAUCCUAUAAAAUAAAGGAAGCUGAAUCGAUAAAAGUAGUACCCGAAGUAGAAUCCAAAUUGUGUAAAAAUAAUAACUCUAAUAGCGGAAUUAGUGCUAUUAAAUCUAUCAAUGUUGAAAUGCCACCAUGUAUAGUUGUUAAAAAUCAAAUAUCUGCUGCCGAUAGAAUGACAUUUAACAAAAUACUAGAAAUAAAAAAAGAAUCAGCUGUAGGAUAUAAUCAGGAUAAUGAAAUGAUAUAUACUUCAAAUCCUGAUGAAAUAAUAGACUUAAAUGAAUUUAAUUAUGAUGAAGACGUGGAACCAACAGGAAUAGCAGUUAACAUUUUUAAUGAAAAUUUGUUAAAAGAAACAGAAAUGAAGAAAGAAGCUGAAGAAAGAAAAAAGAAGGAAGAAGAAAGACUAAAACAAGAAUACGAUGAAAGAAAGAAAAAAGAAAAUGAUGAUAGAAUGAAGAAAGAAAAUGAGGAAAGGAUGAAAAAAGAAGAAAUGAAGAAAAGAGAAUUUGAAAAGAGAAUUUUAAAUGAGAGAAAGAAAAAGGAAGAUGAAGAAAGAAAGAUCAAAGAAGAUGAAGAAAGGAAGAAAAAAGAAGAAAAUGAAAGAAAGAUGAGAGAUUUACAAGAAACAAUGAAAAAAGAAGCAGAAAGAAAACUCGCAGAAAAAUAUGAAGCAGAAAGGCAAAGAAAAAUUAUUGAUGAUAGGAUUAGUGCAUAUGAUUUAAGGUUAAGAAAUGUAUUGAAACAACAAAUGAUGGGAAUGGAAAAAAGAGUUGUAGUUAAAGAAGAAAUCAUUGAUGAAUGUGUUGAAUGUGUUGAUGACAUUAUGGAAGAAAUAAUAUAUGAAGAGGAUACUUCUGAUGAAGAUGAUGGUUAUGUCGAAGAUCCAUAUUCAGAAGAAAUUCAUUCAAAAGUAAAGAAAGCAAGAAGUUUAAAAACUAUUUUAAAGCGUCAUAAAGAUGUGGUUCAAUUGAGGGGUAAUGAAUUACAAUUGAAAGAAAGAUGCCAAAAAAAUCUAGAUCAAAUAAGAGAAUGUCUAAGAGUUCAAGACUUGGUUAAUAAAAGAGAAAAUGUAAAAGCAUCUACAUCAGAAAAUCUAGUACAGAAAGAAUAUAUGAAGUUUGAUGUAUUAGUGACUGACAAUCCAAAUAUUCUAAAAUUUAAAACCGUUGACAUACCACAACAUAAAGCCGAUGAAUUACAAACACUUAAAAGCAUUGAAAUAAAAAGACUUACAGAAGCUGAAAUACAAAAAUAUACAUCUUCUGAGAAAUACAAAGCUCAUGUAAUUAAAUCUAAAAAAGCUAAAGAAGUGGAAUUAAGAAGAGUUAAAGAAGCUGAAUUAGAAAGAGCUAAUAAUGAACGGGUAAGAAUGAACAACGAACUUGAAGCAAAAAAAUUUAAAGAAGCCGAGUUAAGAAAAAAUAUAACUGUUAAAGAAAAUGAAAUGAAGGGAUUGGAAAAGAGAAGUGUUUUGAAGAAAGUGAAUGAACCAGUAAAUAAUCGAUCUGUUGCACAUACAGAGAUCAAUUUAGUGAAGAAUCAUGGAGUUGUUCCUCCUGUACAAUUUAAGAAAAAAAAUGAACAAGAACAAAAAAAUCGUACAAAUACAGAACAAGCAUUAAUUGAAACUAGAAAAGCAGCAACAAAGGAAGAUUUUGAAACAUUUAAUCCAAGAGAACGAGGAGUAAAAAAGUGUGUAGGAUUUGAUGGGAAAAACUCUAAAACCAUAGAAUCUAAGUUACCUGAAGUUAAAAUGGUAACUAGGACAAGGGGGUUAAGAGUUGAAGAAAAAUUAAAAGAAUCUAAUGUUUCUAAAAAUGUGUCAACUAAACUACGACCACAAAUAAAAUCUUCUGGAUCAACAUCUAUUGCAAGUUCAACUACUGUUGAAAAUCUAUCAAUAGCUAGUAAUGAUAAUAAAAAACAAACUAAGAAUACUGAUGAUGGAAAUAAAGUUUGUACCACUGUACACGUACCACGUGGUAAUGAUAAGAACUUUAAGGAUUUAAAUAUUGAGCCUAAUGUCCUUAUUAGACAAGACAAUUUGAAUCGUGAAGUUAUUGAUACACCAAGAACUCGUACUCGUUCUUCAUCAUUUAAGAAAAAAACAAUUUCAGAAAAUAAGAUUUCUAAGCAAAGUCCAAAUGUUAGUGCACACAUUCAAAAGGAAACUAUUGGAAUGAAGAAGGUUUAUAAUUUACACCCUGAAGGUGAUGCAGCAAAACAAAUUAUUCAAAAUAUUACUAGUAAAAGAUUGUAUAUCCCUGUAGUAAUGUUAGAUACAAAAGAUAUUCCACUUCAUAAAGUUAAUCAGCGAUCAAUUAACUUGAUGAAACAACGAGAAAAUGCUUUAAAACAGAAUCAAGUACAAAAACCAAUUGGAACUAAAAUACAGUUAGAAAAAACAUCUCCUAAGAAACGAGGUCGUAAACGUAAAAUUGAUGUACAAAAUGAAAAACUUCAAAAGUCUAAAAGUAAUGAAGUAACUUCUAAAAAUUGCCGAAAAACGAGAAUAUCAAUAAAAGAGGUAGAACCUCUAGCUAGAAGAACCAGAAGGAGUCUUGGGCUACGCAAUAUUAAAAAUGAGUCUAUGAAUAAGCAGUCUGUUCAGUCAUGUAAAUUUAAAAAGGAGCUUUUGGACAAGUGAGAUGAAAUUUUAUAU